AUGCCCAAGGAAGUUGGUGAUAUCAAAAAGUUCAUCGAGAUCUGCCGUCGGAAGGACGCUUCCUCCGCGCGGAUCAAGAAGAACAAAAAGGCCAACAACGUCAAGUUCAAGGUCCGCUGCCAGAAGCACCUGUACACGCUGGUGCUCAAGGACACCGACAAGGCCGAGAAGUUGAAGCAGAGCCUGCCUCCCAACCUGCAGAUCACCGACGUUUCCAAGAAGAACUAA